AAGUCGCACGCGUUCUUCGUAGUUCACGUCAUUCUGAACGGGGUAAAUAACACACUUCACCCUGGUCUACUUGAGAAAGGCCGGUUCAGUUCGCAAACCGAUCAAGACAAAUUCAAUUGAUCAAUUCGUCGCUCUUCCAAAACAGUAUUAAGGGCAACAAAAUAAGUAAGUGGAAGCUAAAUGGCAAAGUAGUUUGGAAAAAUUUUCAUUGGCAGCUAGUACGGUAGACUUGAACCAAUGUUUACAUGAUGACUAUGGGUUAGCUUAAACGUGACUGCUUUGUACAGCGAAUGUCCAUCUUUGUGGAAAUCGUUAGUUGUGAGUAAAAUUAAAAGUUAAGAUGUUUCAGUCUUACUAACUUAAUAAUCCGAUAAGGAGUCCAUCUCGAAAUCUUUGUUGAGAAAUCUUACAAUUUUAUAUCAUUAUUUAUCAUUAUUGCUUCAUGUGUAGCCCAGAGAAAACACGAUGAUUUCAUUCACCCUUGAUUUCUCGGUGCAAAAAGUGAACACUACAUGCAAGUAUUUCUGGAAUGUUAAUUGUGCUUUGGGUCCGGGACGUUUUCAUUUCUCAUUGAAAAUGUUCUCGAAGACAACACAAAAUAGCCCUAAUCCAAAGUAUAAGCAGGAAAUCUUUUGCAAUGGCCUUUCUUGACUGGUAUUUAUCUCAUAUGUUUUUAAAAAAAACUUGUAGAAGGACAAUUAACGCCCGUUCACGUGCUUCUAGAAUGGUCAGCACUUGGAGUGUCACAUAUACAUAACUGUCACAUUCUACAAGUGUAUAUUGAGGCGUCUGAAACAGAACUUUUCUGACAAAAGCAAGAUAGCGGAUAUCACUCGCACUACUGACUAGGCCAAUACCAUGCAAACUCACAAACAUUGUUUUCAGUACAAGCGCAAGCGGCACUGAUCGACUUUGGUACGCGGCAACCCUUAAGUUUCAUACUUCAUGUGUUUCAGUUGGAGGGGUGUAACGAGUCCUAAAAGAAAACUGAAUUAAAUGAAAUAUAGAAUUAAAGAGAGAAUGUCAACAAACUGUUCAGGUCUCAUUUUAAUUUGUAAAGGUACCGUAUGCACUGAGUUGAUAAAAGUGGUAUGGCUCACCUAAAUAUCUCAACAAGUUCUGUCAAUUUUGGUGAUCGUGUAGGCGCUUGGAAACACCAUACUACGGUAUUUGAUAACCACGAAAUGUCAAUCAUGGGCGGUUUGAACAGGAAUUAUAUUGUGCUCAUCCAACUUUACUCGUACUUGGACGCGCAACUUGAAUGAAAAUUUGCGUUCCACGGUAGUUGAGUGGAUUCUCCCUCAACGCGUGUUAGCAUCCUAAAGUAAGAAGAAGCGUCGUUAUAACUUCCUCCGUCGUCCAUGCUCAUAGUUUGAUAGCAAAAUGUAAUAUUUUGGCCUGGAUAAACUCUUUCAAAAGCAAUAUCAAAUUAAAAUUGAUUAAUGUUUUUCUUCAGAUUAAAGCGUAUAAAUUUUAAAAAAAAUCUGUCAGCUUUGUCGUCCUGCUCUAAGGCGAGACGACGGUGCCUUUAAAGCCUUUUGUUCGGCUUGAAACAAAUUUGGUGAGAAGCACAAUCUCCGUGCGUUAAUUUCACUUCAGAACUGAUGACGGAUAUGAUUACAAGGUAAACAAACGUGUAUUAGCAUAGCUUAUACGCUGAAUAUAUUGUUGAACUUCUUCGGAAUUCCUGCGUUUUCAAGCUCUUCCAUUCCAUUAUCAAAUAUGCUUAUAAGGUACCGUAUGCACUGAGUUGAUAAAAGUGGUCUGGCUCAUCCAAAUAUCUCAACAAAGUCUGUCAAUUUUGGUAAUCGUGUAGGCGCUUGGAAACACCAUAUUACGGUAUUUAAUAACCACGAAGUGUCAAUCAUGGGAAGUUUGAACAGGAAUUAUAUUGUGCUGAUCCAACUUUAUUUGUACCUGGACGUGCAACCUAUCUUUAAAUUUGCGAGCCAUUGAAGUUGAGUGGAUUCUGCGGCAACGCGUGUUAACAUCCCAAAGUAAGAAGAGCCGUCGUUAUAACCUCUUUCGUUAUCCAUGCUCAUAGUUUGAUAGCAUAAUGUAUAUUUUGGCCUGGAUAAGCUCUUUGAAAAGCAAUAUCAAAUUAAGAUUAAUGAAUGUUUUUCUUCAGAUUAAAGCGUAUAAAUUAAAAAAAAUAAAAUAAAAUCUGUCAGCUUUGUCGUCCUGCUCUAAGGCGAGACGACGGUGCCUUUAAAGCCUUUUGUUCGGCUUGAAACAAAUUUGGUGAGAAACACAAUCACCGUGCGAUAAUUUUACUUCAGAACUGAUGACAAAUAUGAUCAUAGAAAGUAAACUAACAUUCGCGAAGUGCGAACGUUUGCCAUGAAAAUCAAAGUCAGGUGAUGAGAAAUGUCGACUGAUGUCGGCUUACUGAGAAACCUGAGAGAACCCACGGGGGCUUCGACUUCAGUGAAACCGGCUAAUGCUUGAUCGAUUCGUUGCAAGUCCAAAAUUAAUUAUUUUUUGUUUGAUCGACUUUUGAUCAAAUUUCUGCUAAUUUCUCUUCUGUGUACCGAAAACAAAAAUCGCCGACAUCUAUUUUACAAGGUAAUUUCAUAUAUGAUCUAUAACAAACCCACUAAGCUACCUUAAGCCAAAGCGUACGUACUUUUAAAUUUAGCCCGCGAUACGGUCAUGUAUGAUCGACAACAAGCCAAUUAAGCGUUGUAAAUUAAGCCAAAGUGGGAGUCCUUUCAGGGGCAGCAUAUUAUUGCUAUGCAUUUUCUUUACAUUUAUUAAUUAAGCCUCAUUGUUAAUAAUGACCUUUGUUUUGAUCUGUUAAACAGCCCUUACACAUUUUUGAUGAUACCAUUUUUCAAUUUUAAACUCAAAACUAUUUUUAAGUCCUCCUGUUUCCUAUUUUUCUCCGUCUCAUAUUGAAGCCGUGUAAGAGUCGUCUGGUGUUAUUGCGUGUUUACAAAUCGGAAUUUAAUAAUCUGUCGCACCAAUGAAGAAUUGUUUUGUGCGUGCAACUGUAUUUAAAGUAGAAGUCACUGCGGCUUAAGCUUGGAAAAACCCCUGACAAAUUGACCCUAACGAAAUGAGGUUUAUGAUGGACAUCAAAUCAGCGUUGGUACAAAAGGUUUCUGUUAUCGGAUUGGUUCAAGUAGAGUUUGGGUGUGACAUUCAGAUUUAUAGCAGCAUCUCUUAGAGCUGAGGUCCCAUUUAUUCCAGUGAUUAGGUAGAGAGUAGAUCGAGAACAUCGAGCUGUAUAAGGCUGAAAACGUGCUUUGACGUCUACCAUCAUGAGUGUGAUUAAACCAGACAUGGAGAUCAAGCUGCGUAUGGAAGGCGCUGUAAACGGGCACAAGUUCACGAUUGAAGGAGAAGGAAAAGGCAAGCCCUUCGAGGGAAAACAUACUAUGGACCUUACAGUCAAAGAAGGCGAACCUCUGCCCUUCGCCUACGAUAUCUUGACAACAGUAUUCGAUUACGGCAACAGGGUAUUCGCCAAAUACCCAAGAGAUAUAGCAGAUUAUUUCAAACAGUCGUUUCCCGAAGGCUAUUCAUGGGAACGAAGCAUGACUUACGAAGAUGGGGGCAUUUGCAUCGCCACGAACGACAUAACGAUGGAAGGCAACUGUUUUGUCUAUAAAAUUCGAUUUGAUGGAGUAAACUUUCCCGCCAAAGGUCCAGUUUUGCAGAAGACCACGAAGAAAUGGGAGCCCUCCACUGAGAAAAUGUAUGUGCGUGAUGGAGUGCUGAAGGGUGAUGUUAACAUGGCUCUGUUGCUUGAAGGAGGUGGCCAUUACCGGUGUGACUUCAAAACUACUUACAAAGCUAAGAAGGUUGUCCAACUGCCAGAUUAUCACUUUGUGGAUCAUCGCAUUGAGAUUUUGAGCCACGACAGAGAUUACAACAUCGUUAAACUUCAUGAGCAUGCGGAGGCUCAUUCUGGGCUGCCAAGGGAGUCCAAGUAAAGGUUUAACGAAAAAUUAAGACGACAACAAGUAGAAUAAAAGCGGUAGUUUUUUGUUUGUUUCUUUUGUUUCUAUUUUUGUUUAGUCGUUUGUUUUUUAUUGAAAAGCAUUUACUCGAAAUUAUUAUUCGAUACUUCAAUUCAAGGAUAUGUUUUAGAAUUUGUUAAUGACUAUAGAUACAAAGUUAAAUUUUGUGAAAAACAGCUUUCAAUUUUUCUUGCGGGAUUUUACAUAAGGAUAGACUUUUUUCAGUUGAUUUGUAGACAAAUACAAGUAAGAGAAUAAACUUGUUGUCUAAGACAGCUUUUAUGGACUUUCUUUUAUAUCAUAGGGUACUGACUAUUGGAAGAGUGAACUCAAUAUAAAUAUAAUUGUCAAUUCAAUGGUUUUUCUUACCUCUUUUCUCGCUAAAUUUCUUUGCUUAACACGAUAAAAAUAGAAAUUUGUUGAUGGGAGAUCAAAAGGGGAAUGAGUCACUCAGUCAGUCAGUCAGUCACUCACUCACUCACACCUUCCUUCCUUCCUCAUUUUCCACGAUUUUGAGCCGAUAAAUUUAAUGUAUCGAUUUGAAUUGAAUGGUAAUGCGUAGUUUACUUUGCUAAGAACCUAAAAUAUAUUGAAACUGCUCAUACUAACCGCAUCAGUUGUGUUAACACCUCUAUGAUUGUCUUUGAUUACGACGUUUGUCCAACGUUGAUCUUCGCGGCCAUCUUAGGAGAAGUGUUACUAAUAGUUCGCCAUGGGUGUGCACAUCUGUGUCCACAAUCGUCAUUCAUACGUACAUGUCAGUUGUGAAGUCACUCCUAUAUUCCGAAGUUUUCAAAACACGGUAUGUGGUUGCUUAAAUGCAACCAAAUCUAGCAGAAUGGCUGUUUGUGGCACAUGCUUCUUUUAAAUCACUUUAAGCCAUGGCUAGCUAUAAGUGUUUUUUCUGCGAGGGUGUUUGGUUACCAGUGUGCAUGAUGAAGUUGCUACGCACAAAAUGUGUCAGCCUUGAAAGGGAAAAAUGUCCGUUUUCCUAAUUGUAGAGAAAACUAGGCAAGUGAGGAUUCCACCAGGACAACAAAUAAAUCAAAACUGCAGUAUAAAGUGGCUGCCAACUUGGCAUGUAGGCGGGUACAGCUUGUACGCCCGACAGGGGUGUCUGGAAAACCCGAAUAGCGACUAGCGAAUAGUCGCGAAUAGCUUUUUAGCAGCAAAAUCCCAUCCCACGUUGAUGCGAGGUUAACUACUAGGUACUGGGUAGCAAACUACUGUCAUUCGUCGCUAUUCCUCUCCCUCCCACCCCUAUUUGCCACUAUUCGCCACUAUUGGCCACCACUCGUCACUGUUCACGACUUUUCGCCACUAUUCGCACUAUUUGCGCUAUUCGUACCAUUUCCUAUUCGGGACUAUUCGCUAUUCGUUUAUCCAGACACCCGCCCGAGAGUGCAAUUCCUUCUGCAGGAUUUUUUUUU